GUCCUUGCACCCUUGCACACACUCCACCGAGAACCAGAAGUCGGUUGGGUGUUUAUAUAAUGAAGAAUUAUGGGGCUGUUUGAUCGAGGUGUUCAAAUGCUUUUAACCACGGUUGGUGCCUUCGCCGCCUUCAGUCUCAUGACCAUUGCUGUGGGGACCGACUACUGGCUCUACUCCAGAGGGGUUUGCAAGACCAAGAGUGUCAGUGAGAAUGAGACAAGCAAAAAGAACGAGGAAGUGAUGACCCAUUCGGGAUUGUGGAGAACCUGCUGCCUAGAAGGGAACUUCAAAGGCCUAUGCAAGCAAAUCGACCACUUCCCUGAGGAUGCGGAUUACGAAGCUGACACGGCAGAAUAUUUCCUCCGGGCGGUGCGGGCCUCAAGCAUCUUCCCGAUACUGAGCGUGAUCCUGCUCUUCAUGGGCGGCCUGUGCGUGGCGGCCAGUGAGUUCUACAAGACGCGACACAACAUCAUCCUGAGUGCCGGCAUCUUCUUCGUGUCCGCAGGGCUGAGCAACAUCAUCGGCAUCAUCGUGUACAUAUCCGCCAACGCCGGGGACCCCUCCAAGAGCGACUCCAAGAAGAACAGCUACUCGUACGGCUGGUCCUUCUACUUCGGGGCCCUGUCCUUCAUCAUCGCCGAGAUGGUCGGGGUGCUGGCCGUGCACAUGUUUAUCGACCGGCACAAACAGCUGCGGGCCACAGCCCGCGCCACGGACUACCUCCAGGCCUCGGCCAUCACCCGCAUCCCCAGCUACCGCUACCGCUACCAGCGCCGCAGCCGCUCCAGCUCGCGCUCCACCGAGCCCUCCCACUCCAGGGACGCCUCGCCCGUGGGCAUCAAGGGCUUCAACACCCUACCGUCCACGGAGAUUUCCAUGUACACCCUCAGCAGGGACCCCCUGAAGGCCGCCACCACGCCCACCGCCACCUACAACUCCGACAGGGACAACAGCUUCCUCCAGGUCCACAACUGUAUUCAGAAGGAGAACAAAGACUCGCUUCACUCCAACACAGCCAACCGCCGGACCACCCCCGUGUAAAGACCCCGGGGAAGCACUGGCGGGCUGGGGGGCGGGGAGCCCUUCCCAAAGCAAAAAACAACAACAACAAAAACACAGACACACACAAAAAAAGAGAAAAACAUAACACGUAAAUUAAAAAAAAAAAAGAACAAAAGCUAAGAGGAAUCAACAAGUAAACUAACAGGAAAUGUGGAGGAAUAGAGAGAAGAAAAACUUUAAAAAAAAAAGUGAGAGAGAUAAUAAAAAAUUUAAACUAGAAAAUAAAUCUAAAAGAAAAUGCAUGAUUUCCCAUGUACCAUUAUUUUAACAUUUAA